AUGAGUGAGGAAGAGUUGAUUAACUUGGUAGAAAUAAUGUUAAAUGAUGAUCCGAAUACUAUUCGAUUAGGUAAUAAAGGCAUAAAAGAAUUACCGGUGGAAUUCAUCAAUUCCGUUACAUUAGAUUAUAAAAUUGAAAGACUUGGACUUGAACAAAAUCAAUUGACUACGCUUCCACAGGAAAUUUGUAAUUUAGCCCAUUUAAGAUAUUUAAACAUCUCUUAUAAUGCAUUCAAGGAAUUUCCUGGGGCGGUUGAAAUUUUGGAUUUAAGUAGAAAUAAAAUUCGUAAGAUGCCAGAUGACUUUGGUACAUUAAUGUCAUUAAAGUUGUUAAAAAUAUCAAAAAAUCACAUAAGACAAUUACCGUUAUAUAUAUCAGAAAUGAAGGAUUUACAGUAUUUAAAAUUGGAUAAUAAUCCAAUCGUAUUUCCACCUAAAUCUGUUCAUACUAUGCCAAAAGGCGAAGAAAAAGAAGUCAUGUUGCCUUGGUUGGAAAAUUUAAAAGAAUAUUUAAGAAAACAUUCAAAUAAUUAUUCUUCAACUAUAAGAGAAGCUGAGGUGGAUGAGAGUGAUCACUCGAGCGGAGAUGAAGAUUUUCAUAAUAAAGCGUUAAAAAAAUCAAUAUCAUCGGAUAGUAUAAAUCAUAUAAUGAAUACGAGAACAAAUACGGGAGAUAAUCAAAAUUCACAUUUAAAAACCAUAACAGAAGAUGAAAAUGCAUCAUUAGCAAAUAAAAGACAACAAAUUAUAACACCGUUAAUACAUGAAAGAAAGAAACAAAUACCAAAGUUGAGUUUAGAUUUACUGAGAAGAGAUGAACCAUCAAUAUUAUCAAACGGUCAAAAAAUUUUAGCAAGACAUUCAAAAAGCUAUUCAUCAGAUUCGAUAAGUUCGUCAACAACAAAUAAUAGUAAUCAUUUAUUAUAUCAUGGGGGAUAUUAUAAUGAUCAAUAUUAUAUUAUAGAAGAGAGGGAAAGCGAUAAUUAUUUUACGAGAUUAAAAAACUUGUUACCUUCCGAACAUUUACCAAUGAGUGAUAUAUCUUUAAGGGAAGCAUCAAGGUGUAUCCUUUACGCGUUUUCUCAAAUACACAAAGCAUUAAGACAAUUUGCAAAUUUUACGGGAAGUGAAAAAUUAUUUUAUAAUGAAUUAAAUAAGGCAUCAAAAACUUUAGGACAAUUAAGUAAUAAUUUAAGUAAAUUUGAUUGUGUCUCAUUACAUUCUCCUCCCGAAUCUGAGCUAUGCGCGAAAUUAUUAAGUUCAUGUCAAGAAAAUAUACUAUGCUAUAAACAAUUGAUUGAUAUAUUAAAUAAGAGGUUAAAGGGAAUCGUUACUCAAUCAUCCGAUAAUAUGAGAUAUAGUAGAACAUUAUUGUUAAUGCUAAAUGGAAGCAUAGCUGACAUUAAAUUUGCAUGGGAAUUUUUAUUUCCUUUAUUGAAUGAUUACACUCCUUAUACCGGUAUGUCAACACCAUUUCGUAGUAGCACGACCGGUCUACCUUCGCCCUAUCUUUCAAAUGAAAAUGGUGGUGGAGGGAUCAAUUCGAAUGGUGUAAACGCAUCAUCAUCAAUUGGUGGGGGUGGAAUUGAAAGGGCUAUGAGCAGUAGUCCUUUGCCCGAUAUAACGUUUCCUGUAAAUAUAUUUGAGCAAUUAUUAUCUAAAGUUGAUGUUUCUAUUAAGAACGUCGAAUACGUUAAAAGUUUAUUGAUUGCUAGAUUAUCUUCAAGUCAAAAAGAAGAAUUAAGUGUGCAAUUGAAAGUACAUGGCGAUUCAAUAGUUUUCUUACAGACAACUGUAAAAAUGUCAAGUUUAGCUAAAGAAGUCUCAUUAGAAUUUCCUUUACCAAAUAAAGUCAUGUCUGGUUUAGGUCAUGUAACAAAAACAAAUAUAGAUUUAACUAAUUUUCUUAGAGCAAUAGAAAAUAACCCUACAAGCUUGUCAUCAACACAUUAUCCUUCCACAUUAUCUGUACAAGACAAUUCCUCUGGUACAUUUAUACCUAAUGUUCCUUUAUCCGGUUCGCCUAUUCCAACUCCAAAUCAAUCCCCUCCUCACAGUAAAAGUAAUAGUAUUAGUGAAAUGGAUGAGGAUAUUAAACCUUGUAUGAUUGUAACAGUUGAUAAUGGUGAUAAUGGUGAUAAAGAAAUUGAAAUUACUGAAGACGAAAACAAGGAAUCGUAA